AUGGUUGAAACAAGGUCCAUGAAAAAGAAGAGAAAGAGUAAAAACUAUUCAAACCUUCCCUUCGAUCUCACGUUACUGAUAAUGCAACAGCUCUCGUUCAAAGACAACAUUCGUGCUUCCGUCGUUUGCAAAACAUGGAACGAAGCUUGUGUUUCCGUUCGAGUCAAAGACCCAACACCAUGGCUUAUGGUCUUUCCUAAAGACGAAGAAGCAUGCCAGCUAUACGAGCUAUUCGAUCCAUCACUUGAAAAAACACAUACUUGUAAGUCACCCCUUGAGUUACGUGGCUCACACGUUGAACAUUGUAGAGACGGUUGGUUGCUUAUCAGCGAUAAAGAUCUCACCAAAACCUUAUUUUUCAAUCCGUUUACACAAGAACGCAUCGAUCUCCCUUGGCCUGAUAUGUGUCCUACACAUCCAUUAGCUUUCUCAUGUGCUCCUACAUCUAACAGUUGUGUAAUAUUCUCUGUCUACGAGAUCAAGAAAGGAUCAAUCAUUAUCAAACUAUACAAUCUUGCUACUAAAGUGUGCACUCCUUUGACUCUCCCGCAUCGGUUGCCUCUUCGUGGAGGUUUCGAACAUGUUGUUUUCUCCAAUGGUGUCUUUUAUUGUCUCAACGACGUGGGUUGGUUAGGGAUGUUCAGUAUCUCUACGAAUUCUUGGAGUGUUCUUCCUCGCCUACGGACUCCUAAAUGUGAUUAUACAUCACCAUGUCGCUUCAUGACGGAGUACCAAGGAGACAUCUUGCUUAUAUACACGAACAAGGACGAAGACUUCAAAGUAACGAGAUAUCUUAAACUAGAUCUUGCAAACCGGAAGUGGAAGGAUGACAGAACGUUGAAGGGUUUGAGCUUUUUCUUGAGCUUCAAGUCUACGUUGACAACGAAUGGGGACUUAGUGGAGACCAAGAGAACCGAUCAAUUUGUGGUUGUGUAUGGAAAACAGCCAUCUGGGAACAACAUCGACAAGAAGAUGAGUCAGGGCAUGACAACUGUCUCAUGUUAUUUCAAGACCUGA